UGGGUGUUUUGUUUCAACGUCGCGCGCCCAGUUCCUUGUCGUGAAGUGUGGGAGUGCGCUUUCUUCGGCUUACAGAUCGCGCGCACCAGCGGACAGACACAAUUUAUUGCUUCCCUUGGCGCGGUGCAACGGCCGGGACACGGUGUCGGAAAGUUGUCAUAACUCACAACUGCAGCACGACAGACACUUACAGUCUGUUCGUUGAUCUAGAUUUUGCGCGUCGAAAGAAGUGACCGGCCCCAGAGUGAUCUUUCUUCGCCAAACCGUCAACCAAAGGCCGCAGGAUGACCAUCUUCAGCUCGUAUGGAAUGAGGACGAAAGUCCAGGAGAAGAAGGAAAAAAUGUCAACCGAUGAGCAGCAGCAGGAGAAUCCGAAUCAAAUUCCGAACAUUGCCGGCACGAUCGUGAUCGGCGGACUGGACGGCCCGGUAGACUUCGAUGUUGGUCAGCAGAAACAGUCCCUAGCAGCAGCCGCCGCCGCAGCGCACCAUCAGCAGAACCACCACCAUCACCUCAACCGGCAGUACCCACCGCCCGGGUACAUACUACCUCACUUGCACCAGUUCUGCACCAUGCCCGGCUCGAAUCCGACCAGUCUGACCGGGGCCACCGGCGGUCAGAAGCACCCGUCGAAGAGCUCGCCCGUCGGACCGUCCCCGUUCUGGCAGCUGCUUCCGGUGAUGCUGUGCGUCAUAUCGUUCGCGACCGUCCUGAGCAUACUGGUCAUCUACAUGGACACUACCGAAAUUCGCCACCAGCAGUUCCGUCUGAAUAUGUCGCGCGACUACAACCUGAUGGGCGUACCGCAGGACAAUCCGGCCCUCAUCAAGUACGUGCGAGACAUUCACAUGAAAAAGUACCCGAUGACGUUCAUGCGCACCGCCAAUGCACCGACCGAGCAGCUGAACUUCAACAACCGGCACGAGCUGACACCGGAGAUGGCCCACGUGAUCUCCGAUCUGCUCGGCCGCAAGCGCUUCGGUACGUUCUUCCAGUCGCUGGCCGGCAACAGUGACUCGAUGAUGACGGCACCCUGGCUGGCGGAGACGAUGAACUGGGGCGGCUACCUGGUGGAACCGGAUCCGCGUAAAUACUUUUCGCUCCGCAAACAGAACGCUUUCCGCCCGAACGUCCAGGUCAUCCAUGCGUGCCUUUCGCCAAACACCUACCCCAAGGAGGUAACUCUGCACCAUGAUGACGACAGCGAAGUGCAGAUCAAUAGCGUGUUGGACGAGGAAACCGAAUGGUUCCACCCGCGGGUCAAGUGCUUCCCCGUGUACACGCUUAUGCUGGCCGUCAACCAAACAUCGAUCGAUCUGCUCAGCCUUGGCUGCCACGGACAGGAACUACAGAUCCUUCAAACGAUUCCGUUCGAUCGGGUACACAUCAAAAUCAUUUCCAUCCAUCUCGUGCACUACUACGAGGAGGACGAAAUGCUGAUCGAUGUCGAUGAGUACGUGCAGAGCAUCGGACGGUUCCUGAUGGGUAAAUCCUACAAGCUGGUGCGCAGUUUCGAUCGAAACUUUAUCUACCAACACAUUUCGGUCGCUUCGGCCGCUAAACAACGCCAACAACAGCAGCAACUGCAGCAGCUCCGCCAGCAACACAUCGCACUGCUAGACGGUGCAUCAUCAACCGGCAACGGGGGACUUGUGGCCCCGCCGCCGCUCCUGACCAUUCUAGCGCCGCACGGUAACGCGAUCAGUUCCGGCGAAAAAGUUGAUCUUACGAUGGCCAUUCGCAAGGGUCAGGAAGGGGCCGGUGGAAGCAUUAAGGUGCCAAUUUCAUUGAGCCCGUCGGUGGUAAAGGUUUUGCCGACGGCUGUACCAACCACCACUGCACCGGCAUCCGCAUCCGCCGUCAACAGUGUACUGCCGUCCACGACUGCCAGGAGCUUGAGCUCGAAAACGGGCGAAAAGCUGGUGCUGUUGCGCGGCUCCGAAACCGACGAUGCCAACGAUUCCGAGUUUUUCGAUGCCGAAUUCACUUCCGACAAUACGAACGAGAGCGAAGAGGAACCGAAGCAGCCACCACCACCGCAACAGAGACAAUCCUUCGAGGAUGAGACGCGCGAAGAGUUGGAUGACGGUUCCGUCCGUGCUGCGGCUAACGUACUGCCACCGAUGGUGUCCACGCUGUAA